AUGGAGUCGAUGCAGCACAUGCACUACCAGUAUGCUGGGCAGUACUGGCUGACACAGGCGCUCAGAAAUGCCAGCGGCGUGCUGACUGACAACAUUGACGAGGCGUGCCUGGUCUGGGUGGACACAUACUGCUAUCAGCAGGUCUUAUGCACAAACCUUCCUGUCAAGGUUUCCAAGUCGUACUCAGAAGUACAGCUGGAGAUGCGGAAAUCUGUCUUUUGUCUGCUUCCCCCGGGCGACACCGCCAGCAGCAACCGCCUGACGGAGACCAUUCUGUCCGGCUGCAUCCCUGUGUUCAUUGGGCCGCCGUGGCAUGAGAUGCCUUUCCACCGUGGCGAGGUUGAUUGGGCCUCCAUGGCGGUGUUCCUCAACAUUACGGAGGCCAGCUGGCUGGAGAGUCCUGACUGUCAGUUCAAACAGCAGAAGUGGUAUCAAUCUGCGGAUGUUGGGUUUGCAACGGUUUCUGUUCCAGACCUGCCAGCGGCAUAUGAGUACCUGCGGACAAUGCCCAAGGAUGCUUUGGAGCGCCACCAAGCGGCGCUACAGCGGGAGAGGCCCAAAUUUUUCUACGGCACCGCUCCGGGCCGGCAGUUCUCAGCGCUGGCAGAUGUCGUCUUUGGCAACCUCAUCGCAUACGGUCUGCGGUUGAAGGCCGGGGAGUACACAGCAUGA